UUCGCAGUCGGGGCUCGUUGGAGGAGGCAGGCAGGAGAGGAAGCCACGCGUGGGACCUCGCCGGGCGCACUUCUGCUUGCUGGUCCCUGAGGUUCGGCGGAGGCGUAACCAGGCGGCCGGCCGCGGGAGAAGCGCCGAGAAGCCAUGGGCGCCGGCAGCUCCAGCGAGCAGCGCAGCCCCGACCAGCCGGAGGCGGGGAGCGCGCCGCUGGCCGAGCCCGAGCCCGAGCCCGAGCCCACUGGCGGCGGCCCCUCGGAGGAGACGGCGUCCGGCGCGUUGGGGGAUCCCGCCGUCGCCGCCGCGGACCCCGCCGCAAAGCUCCUACAGAAGAAUGGGCAGCUGUCCACCGUCAGCGGCUUAACUGAGCAAGGCGAGCUCAGCCUCCAGGAAGGGGACCUGAGCGGCAAGGAGGAAGAAGUCAUUGUCACAGAUGUUGGACAGAGGGACCCUGAAGAUGUGAGUGCAAAAGAUUCAGAUAAAGAGAUGUCUGCUAACUUGGAGGUGGUUCAAGACAUCACAAAGGAUGGACAGGAGGAAAUGCCGGAAAUAACUGAGCAGAUUCCUUCUUCGGAAAAUAAUUUAGAAGAGUUAACACAGCCUACUGAGUCCCAGUCUAAUGAUGUUGGAUUUAAGAAGGUUUUUAAGUUUGUCGGCUUUAAAUUCACUGUGAAAAAGGAUAAGUCCGAGAAGUCUGAUACGGUCCAACUGCUCACUGUCAAAAAAGAUGAAGUUGAAGGAACAGGAGCCUCGAAUGGAGCUGGUGACCACCAGGAGUCCAGCUUGGAGGCUGGAGAAGCAGCUCCCAAAGAAAGUGAACUCAAACAGUCUAUAGAGAAACCUGAAGAAACAGUCAAAAGUGAGCAAGGCAACAAUGAAAUCGCUCUUAAAGCUGAGUCUGAUCGAGCAGCAGAGGAAGGCAAGGAAGAAGGAGAAGAAAAACGAGAAAAAGAACCUAGCAAAUCUCUAGAAUCUCCAACCAGUCCGACAGCCAGUGAGACAGCAUCACCCUUCAAAAAAUUCUUCACUCAAGGUUGGUCAGGCUGGAGAAAAAAGACGAGUUUCAGGAAACCAAAGGAGGAUGAACUAGAGUCUACUGAGAAGAAAAAGGAACAAGAGCCAGAAAAAGUAGACAUAGAAGAAAAUGGAAAGACAGAGGAUACCUCUGAGAAACCGAGUGCUUCUGAACAGCCAGCGCCACAGGAGAAAGAAAGUGUUAACGAUGCCAGAUUAUCAGCUGAAUAUGAAAAAAUAGAUCUGCCCUGUGAAGGUCAAGUUAAUGACUUGCAGGGACCUGCUGAAGAGAAAACCGCUCCUUUGGCAACAGAAGUAUUUGAUGAAAAAGUAGAGAUUGUUGCAGAAGUCCAUGUUAGCACUGAAGAAGAGACAACAGAGGAGCAGAAAGCCGAGGUAGAAGAAGCCGUAGAGUCCUUGCCACCUGAGAAAUCUGUCGAAACAAAUGCUGAGCUGCAGGAAGCUGAGCCUGCUGAGGAACUAGUAAUGACCGAAGAAGUAUGUGCCCCUGGAGAGGACCAUAUCCAGCCAGCUGAACUAAGUCCUGAAGAAAAAGUGCCCUCUAAACACCCAGAAGGCAUUGUGAACGAGGUGGAAGUGCUGUCAGCACAAGAGAGAACUAAGGGGCAAGGAAGCCCUUUAAAGAAACUUUUUACUAGCACUGGCUUAAAAAAGCUCUCUGGAAAGAAACAGAAAGGGAAAAGAGGAGGAGGAGAGGAAGAAUCGGGGGAACACAGUCAAGUUCCCGUAGAGUCUCCAGACAGUACAGAUGAGCAGAAGGGUGAGAGCUCUGCUUCCUCUCCUGAAGAACCUGAGGAGAUUACAUGUCUAGAGAAAGGAAUAGCAGAUGUACAACAGGAUGGGGAAGUUGAAGAAGGUACUACUUCUGAUGGAGAGAAAAAAAGAGAAGGUGUUACUCCCUGGGCAUCUUUCAAAAAGAUGGUGACACCCAAGAAACGCAUUAGAAGGCAUUCUGAAAGUGAUAAAGAAGAUGAAUUGGAUAAGGCAAAGAGUGCUACCUUGUCGUCUACAGAGAGCGCAGCCUCUGAAACGCAAGAGGAAGUAAAGGGAAAUGGAGAGGAGCAAAAGCCGGAAGAACCAAAGCGCAAGGUUGAUACUUCAGUAUCUUGGGAAGCUUUAAUUUGUGUGGGAUCAUCCAAGAAGAGAGCAAGAAAAGGAUCAUCUUCUGAUGAGGAAGGGGGACCAAAGGCAAUGGGAGGAGACAGCCAAAAAACAGAUGAAGCAGGAAAAGACAAAGAAACAGGGACAGACAAUACCCCUGCUAGUUCCCAAGAACAUGAUCAAGGACAAGGGAGUUCUUCACCUGAACAAGCUGGAAGCCCUUCUGAAGGCGAGGGAGUUUCCACCUGGGAGUCAUUUAAACGAUUAGUCACUGCAAGAAAAAAAUCAAAGUCAAAAAUGGAAGAGAAAAAUGAAGACUCUGUAACUGGGUCUGGUGUAGAACAUUCAGCUUCAGAUGUUGAACCUGGGAAAGAAGAGUCCUGGGUUUCAAUUAAGAAGUUUAUUCCUGGACGAAGGAAGAAAAGAUUAGACGGGAAACCAGAACAAGCCACUAUUGAGGAUACGGGCCCAAGAGACGUCAACGAAGAUGAUUCUGAUGUCCCAGCUGUAGUACCUCUGUCCGAGUACGAUGCCGUAGAGCGGGAGAAGAAAACUGAAGCACAGCAAGCCCCCAGAAGUGAAGAGAAACCUGAGCAAAAGGUGGCUGUGUGCGUGUCAGAGGAGCUCAGUAAGAGCCUGGUUCAGACGGUGACCGUGACUGUUGUUGAUGGGCUGAGGGCAGUCACUGAUAUUGAAGAGCGGUCUCCUUCUUGGAUAUCUGCAUCAGUGACAGAACCUUGUGAAGAAACAGAAGAUGAAGCCAAACCAUUAACUGAGGGGGUACUUGAAAGAGAAGUUAUUGCAGAGGAAGUCCCCACUGUUACCAAAACUUUGCCAGAAAGCAAAGAUGCCAGUGACGACACCAUUGCUAGCGAGGUGGAAGUAACUCCUGAAGCUGUGACACCUGCAGAAACGACGGACACAUUUUGUGCUGAAGAAGUAACAGAAGCAUCCGGUGCUGAAGAGACCACAGAAAUGGUUUCCGCAGUUUCCCAGUUAACCGACUCACCAGACACCACAGAGGAAGCCACACCAGUUCAGGAGGUAGAAGGUGACGUGCCAGACCUAGAAGACCUAGGGAGGCGAACUCAAGAGGUCCUGCAGGCAGUGGCAGAAAAAGUUAAGGAAGAAUCACAGCCGCCUGACUCCAGUGGGCAAGAAGACACAACUCAGGCCACCCAAAAAGUAGAGUCAGAAAUACCAGAGAAGGUGGAAGAAGCAGAAGGGGAUUCCAAAGUGCUAGAACUGAAGAAAGAGAUAGAUGCUGGGUUGACGGGACCUGUACAAGGAACUGAAACUGAGGAUUUUAUACAAGGAAAGGUAAUUGUACAGACCACCCCAGAAAGCUUUGAAAAAGUGCCUCAAGUUCCAGAGAGUGUAGAAUCCAGUGGUCUUGUAAGUAUUUCUCAAGCAGAAACCUCAGUUGGGAUCGAAUCACGGGAGGUUACGAAGGAACGGGCUGACUCAGUUGAAACCCUUACAGACAAUGAGACCAAUGGAAGCACUCCAGUAGCAGAUUUUGAAACUCAGAGUACAACACAGCAAGACAAGAUCAAGGAAAUCCAUGAAGAUGGUGAAGUUGUACCUGGUAUACAGUCCGAGCUCACAGAAGCAGAGGCAGUUCCCACACAGGAAGAGAUGCCUCCCUUACCUUCCAGUUUUCAAUCCCAGGAAGAAAGUAAAGAACCAUCAAAAAUGGAAGAAGUUCUAGAACCUAUAGAUAAAGAGGUACCAGUGGAAGCCGUACCCAUUCUUUCGGAGACUAAAGCGAUUCAAGAGACUGAUUAUUUUACUGAUGAGAAAAGCAAAGACACACCCUUUGCUGAAGGACUUGGGGUGUCUACAGACAGAGAAAUAACCGUCAGUCAGAAAAAGGUACCCGAAGUUGCCCUUGAAGAUGAAGUUACCGAAGAAGCUGACUUUCAGAAGAAUGCUUCUUAUUCUGAUAGUAUAGAACUCCAGAGUCACCCUGAGUCUCUUUCAACCCCAGUGGAAAGAGAAAUGGUAGUUCAAGUUGAAAUGGAGAAGAUUGAAGCCCAGCCAGCCCAUGUAGAUGAAGAGAAACUUGAGGAGAAAACAGCUGUAACCGUAUCAGAAGAACUCGGUAAGCUACCGGUUCAGACAGUUAAUGUGACUGUUGUAGACAGAGAAGAUGAAGGUACCAGUUUUGAAGAAAGCUCUCUUUCUUGCCUAGUUCAAGAGGAGGCAGUAUCUACAGAAGUCCAAGUUCAAAGCUCUGAUGCAUCAUUAACAGUUGCAGCUGUAGAGGAAAAGGUCGUAGGAGAAACUACCAAGAUUUUAGAAACAGGAGCUGAAACUCUGGCGUCUGGAGCUGCACACUUAGUACCUGAAGAAGAAUCCUCUGACAAAGACGAAGACUUUACUGCUCAGUCAGGGGAAGAUACAGUGCCCACAGGGGCUGGGUCUCAGGCAGAAUCAAUACCACCAAUAGUGUCUGCUCCUGCUGAGGAAGGAGGAAGUUCUGACCUGGAAGGAGACAAAACCACGUCACAGAAAUGGAAGCCAGAUGAAGACCAUGAACAGGUUGUUUGUCAGGAAGUCAAAGCGAGCGCAACACUAGAGGAAGGCUCGAAGGCUGAAAACGAGAUUCUGGAAAUUGAGAGUGAGAGCAGUAAACUUGUACAAGACGUCAUUCAGACAGCUGUUGACCAGUUAGUGAGUCCAGAAGCAGCAGCCACGGAAAUGUUUACAUCUGACUUGCAGGCGCAGGCUCAGGUGAUCAUAGCUGACCACCAGGAAGCUGGACAGGAACCCGAGAAAGAAGAAAGUGAACUUCAGGCCUCUGCACAGGAUGAAACACAAACUAUGGGAACCGAAGAGGAGUCAGAGCUAGUCACUGUGGAACAAACACAGUCUGAUGUUUCCAAAGAUGAGAGUGAAGUGUCAGAAAAAAUGAUGACGGCUGAGGUAGAAAGCUCCAGUGUCAGCGAGCAGCAGCAGCUUGAAGCGGCCGUUCUGCUGUCAGAGGAAAAGAGAGAUGCAGUUGGAACAAAGUCUGUACCAGAAGACGAUGAUAGUGCAGUGGCAGGAGAAAGAAUCGAGAAGCCACUCUUUGAAUCCAGAAGUGCUGAGAAAGGAGAUACUGUUGCUUACCCGGAGAACCAAAAAUCAGCCCUGGAAGAUACUGACGCCUCAGGAUACCUAACCAAAGAGUCCCCAGACACAAAUGGACCAAAACUGAAAAAGAAAGACGACGCCCAAGGAGUAGAAUUUCAGGAAGGAAAAGUGCAUAGUGAGUCAGAAAAAGAGAUGAAAACACCACCACAGGAGGAGAUACAUAAACCAGAGACAGAGUUGGCAAAAUCAGAACUUACAGAAUCCUCAGAUACCGUUUAAACUCGUUGUAUAUUUGCAAGACCAGAAUGUGAAGACAAGUAGUAGAAGAAAAUGAAUGCUGCUGAAGAGACUCAAGACCAGUAUUUCAGAACUUUGAGAACCGAAGACCAGGCCCGAUGACCGAUCUCAUCCCUCGAGACCCCCGACAAUCCUGAGGCGUCAUCAGGAGCUUUACCUUUUCACGGUUCCUCUUUUCAAGGCUCCCCUGUUCCUGUCCCUUGCUACUAUAUCAUGUUUCCGAUUUCAUGUCCUAAAUUCUUAACCUGGAACUGGAGUUGGCAAUACCUAGUUCUGCUUCUCAAACUGGAGUUUCAUUCUUUGUGUAUUUAUAUGUAUGUCAUAAGUAAUCCUUCUGUAUAUCUAUUGUAUAUUUUUUCUUAAUGUUUAAGGAGAUGUGCACAGUAGUACAUGUCUUUUGUAUCACAUAAUAUACGACGGGGCAUGCAGCCAUGGGGAAGCCCUGGGAAGCCUUCCGCCUCAGUUAUAACCUGUGAAAACAGAGCUUCCAGAAAUACCAUUCCUGACCAAAAGGUACAAUUCUUACUUUAGACAUUUCGCCAAUAAUUAAGUCAGCGUUUAGCAUUACUCUGAAAUUGGUCCCUUUCCUGUUCUGCCGUGUGCUAAAAAUUUCAAAGCAUUUUUGAAAUGGACAGAAUGUUCCAUUGUUACUGUGAAAUUUUUCUUUCUAGCUCAGUGGAGGCUGGAAGGAAGUGUUUCUCAGUAGCGGAUUAACUUUAAAUCUUUUCUCCUAAUGGUUAUGGUUGUUUGAACAGAUAAGUAUGCUUACUCCCGAGGCAAAGUGGCGAAGUGUUCUCCAUGUAAUGAAGAAAAGAAUUGACUGUUGUAAGUUUUUGAUUCUACUCUUAUAUGCUGGACCACAUUCACACACACAGCGUGAAAUAGGGCAGGUUCUUUAAAAAUGGUAUUUUGAUAGAUACUAAAUCGUGUCUGUGCCAUAUUUGUGCCCACUCUUUUAAGAACAACGUUGCAUUAUGUUCAUUUGGAUAAAUUGUGAUUUGACAAAUGAUUUAAAUAAAAUAUUUGCUUCACUUA